UUUAAAAAGAAAUAACACAGCUGUGUGCUGUCAACUGUGACAUUUGUAUUGUUGUCAAAUUUCGCUGAUGAUGUGAUUUGUUUUGAUUGAAACGAUAAAAAUAAAAAUAUUUACAAUAAAAUGGGCAAGAUUUUCUUGGAUCAUAUUGGAGGUAGCCGUCUGUUUUCCUGUGCAGCCUGCGAUGUCAACCUCACCAGUCGUUCAGAGUUGAUUAGCACGAGAUUUACUGGAGCAACUGGUCGAGCAUUCCUGUUCCAUAAAGUCGUGAACCUUGUCUACUCCGAGGUGCAGGACCGCGUGAUGCUGACUGGCCGCCACAUGGUGCGCGACGUGUCCUGCAAAAACUGUGCUACCAAGCUGGGAUGGGUCUACGAGUUUGCCACUGAGGAGAAUCAAAGAUACAAAGAAGGGCGCGUCAUCCUGGAACGGGCUUUAGUGACGGAGAGCGACGGCAUCGAGGAAAUACAAGUGAACAACGACGACUAAUAUACACAUACAUACACAAGUUUUUUUGUAAUUAUUUGCACACAGAGUAGAAAGGAUCUAUUUAUAAGAUACAGAUAGAAUCGGAAACAGUACCAUGUCUUUAUUAAUUACGGGGUAGACUGAGCCGAGGGUUGCGAAACUACGCAAUGAUCGCGCAUUCGCGUCGGCUUCUGUCCGCUUUCGCUGAUAGUGUGGAGCUGGCAUUGUUUCCAACUCGUAAGGAAAUUAUACAAAUCUUCCUCAAUUAUUGUUAAUUUAAUUAUUCCUACAAUUUAUUUUCCAAUAAUUAACGCCAGAUUUCAGUAGGUACUUGAAUGGUUUCCUAGUAGUUGACCUUGAUUCUCUGUAUAUUUUUAAGUCAUUUGAUAAAAUGAUAUAAAAUGAAUUUAUGUAUGAAUUAUAUUGGAACUAAAUCGGUGUUGACUAGUUUCAUGUUAUCUCAUAAGUGUGCAAUUAAUAUUAUUAGUUUUACGCACUGUCUUAGUAAAUUUAUGGUAAAAAAACACGAUAUGACGUUAGUUAUAUAAAUAAUUAAAGGGUUUAAUUGACAACAUCGUAUUAAGACUUUUUAUUUUGGAUUUCGAAAAUAUUGUUUUUUUUUUCAUAGCUUUAAGUUUUGAACUUCAAAAUUAUUAUGGUGAAAUCGAAGCAACAAGGCAUGGAUAUUUUUCUCAUAGAUACAAAAUAUUUUUGUACAAUUCAAAAUCAAUUGAACAUUUUCUCAAUUCAACUCUUACUCUGCGAAUUAUACAUUUGGGGCCUGUUUCAACGCUUGCUGAUAAAGUAUCAGUGUAUGUCUUAAAUUCAACAUAUAAAACAGCGCUAGAUUGUGUUUCGGUCUAACUAGCCAGUCCUGAUUUGUCUAGCAGUUAGUUUAUAUGUCAGAUUACAAUAUAUUUUAAAAGGAAGUGUGGAAACAGGCUCUUAAUCUCUUAAUCAAUUCAAAUAUGGAAUGUACUAAAAUAUGUACAAUAAUGAUUUAACUGCACAUCAGUGUAAGGUACAGUUAACAGCACAUCAACCUACCCAAAUUCGGUUCAUGCAGGAUAACUUGAUGUGCUGUUGAGUGUACCACUUCGCGCAAAUAACUUGCUGCCUUGCAACUAUCAGUGAACCAUUGAAUCUUGAGGUUAAAUAAAUGUGAUACAUACCUA